AUGAGCUACAACAACCGGCGAGGAGGCUUCGGUGGACGCAGCCGGGGGCGCGGCAACCGCGGCGGACGCGGAGGAUACGGAGGUGGUCGCGGCGGCUUCGGUAGCGGCUCAUCCGUGGGCAACGAGGUGUGUCGACGCUUUAUGGACGGUGGCAAAUGCGAAUUCGAGCAGACUUCGGGCGGCCGACCGUGUCGCUACCCUCACUUCGUCAAGACCAUCGGCGAGACACGUGGCCACAAUGGAUCGAUUAAGGACGUAGUAAUGUGGGCUGAGCGCCAGCAGCUUUUCACGUGUGCAGCGGACGCCAGCAUCAAGCUGUGGGACUGCGCCACCUGGCAGGAGAUCACCACCAUCAGUGUGCAAGACGCGCUGCCACCCGCUGCCUCAAGUGGUGGCAACUGCGGAAGCCGAGGAGGCAACAGAGACAAAACACUACACACUGAGGGCGUCGUGGCGCUCGUGCUGUGCGGUCCCUUCCUGUUCGCUGGCUUUGAAGGCCGCUUCCCGCCCAACCCCAAGGUGUCAGUUGCUGUAGCGACUGACCCAACGGGCAACGCCACGCUCUUCAGUGGUAGCGCCGACGGGUCCAUCCGAUACUGGCAGAUGGACACAGCCACCAACCAAUUUAAGUGUCGCGGUAUCAUGGAGGGGCAUGUGCGUGGAGUGACGCGCCUCAAGACGUUCGCAGUAGGCGGUGCGCCUAUCCUGGCCUCGGCUAGUGUGGACUCGACGAUUCGACUCUGGGAUUUGGCUACAUACCAGUGCGUCAAGGUGCUUUCGACUGAGGAAAAUGGCCACACCGAUGCCGUCAUGGACCUCGAAUUCUGGGUGAACGGUAACGAGACGUUCCUCAUCAGUGGCGGACUGGACUGCGAGAUCAUCGUGUGGAGUCUCACACCUCCAUUCCAGCAGCUGUUCAAGGAGACGCAGGACUCGCAGGUCACGGCACUAUGCGGCACCCAAGAUGUCGCUCAAGCUCCGAUUCUUCUUAUUGGCAUGGCAGAUGGCACCAUCUCAGUCAAGGAGCUGCCAUCAUUCGCGUACAAGACGACAUUAGGCGCCAAUCUCAACCAAGGCCAUCAGGAUGCUGUACGACGCAUCGCCACUGGACCCAGCAACACGUUCUUCUCCACUGGCAAUGACCGCAAGAUGAUUGCUUGGCAGAUCACAGGCGACGCCGCCUCUAUCCAGUCCAAAUAA